GUCAAAUCCGCUGGCCUCUGUGUGACAUUUACAAACCGAAGUAAUGGGAGCAGGUCUAGCUAAACUUUUGCCCUACCUGGAUAUCGGUCCGGAAGUACCAGAGGACAAAAUAAAAAAAUCCUAUGCGCGCGUACUGACUACUGGGACAAUGCCUUCAAAGGUUGAAUUACUUUGGAAAAGUAUUAACUUUCCUUCUGGUGACAUGAACGAAUCCGUUAAAAACUUGCUUGCGGCCGCUGAAUUUAUUCAUCAAGGAAGAGUAGCGAACAAAAACACUAUCAUCUUUACCCAACAGGAACAACCGAAUGCAACAGCUUUUGCAACAGCUUACUUUAUGAUUCUGAGUGGUUUGUCUCCUGAAGCUGCAAGCACUGCAGUAACUAACGCAGUUAAAGGGACAGAUUUGAAAAUUAAAGAAGCUUUCUUGGAGCAUCUACAAGCACUUAGGAGUGGAUAUUCGUCGAUAGAAUUGAGGAAUCUAAUGUUUAAAAACGCCGGGACACUUCCAGACUCUCGGUUGACCGAAGAUGUUAGCAAAAUAUAUGAGUUGUGCGGCCUUCCAAAACCAACGACUGAACAGAUCAAAUUGGAGGCAGUCCCACCGUCGCCAGUAUUGUCACAAGAUGCCAUUUCUCCAAAACCGACAUCCCCAAUGAGUUUCUUCAAAUCGAGAAGAGCCUCAAAGGACGAAUGGAAAGAGCCGGUGGAUAGCGCAAAGUCAUCCGAUGCUGAUGAGAAGCAUAAAGGUCUUGCGUCGACAAAUGAAAUGGGUGAGAUAUGCCCCGAAGACAAGCCGUCAAGUGUUUUGGUUAGGCAUAUGGAUAAAAGCAAGUCAGUAGGAGAAACUGAAGGAAUGGUUGAAGUGACGCUUGUCAGCAACGGUGUAGCGAACAGCCAUGUUAACAAUGAUGACUUAUCAAGCCGGAAUCUUAAUGAUGUUGUCCAUGAAACUAUAGAAGGAACAAGAAUUUCCGACACAGUGGAACCUUCGAUGAGAAUCUCAAUGUCAAGCAAUGGAGCCGAUUCGUCGGCGACGUCACCUAGGAAAAUUAAAAUCGUUAGAUCUAAAACCACGGAAUCAGCAAAUACUACGAACGAGGUGGACGAAUAUUUAUCUCAAACAUCAGAAGAACAGAGAAAAGAUCAACGAAGACGCGUUAGCAUUGUACGAGGCGGAUCCAAAGCCUAGAGAACGGUUUGUUAUUAAUUUCCACUCCGAAGGUGUUCCUCUCAUCACGUCAAUCUACUCCCACCCAUACGGUUUUGGAAUGUCAUUAACACUGGAAUUUUUGUCAGAAAGUAAAAGAAUCACCAAAUGUCUGAUAGUGGAAAAGCACUUCCAAGUACUAAACAACAAAAAUUAUUCACUUUUGUACCGCGUAUCUAGCUAAAGUUGACUAUUGUUCACAUGGUUUCAUCACUCUUCUUUUACAGCAGAGGAAUUUUGACAAGAUCAACCGGUUUCGGCCCCAAAGUGUAGCUGUUUUAGAUCGACC